UUUCUUCCUUUAUUUUCAUGGUUGUAAUUAAAUGCACUUACCAUCCCCUGCCAUCCUGGACUGAUGAAUCUGCAGGAUAAAACAGAACUCUGUAUCGUGUAAACGAGCUGAUGGACGAAGAUGAGAAGGACAGGGCAAAGAGGGCAUCACGCAACAAGUCAGAGAAGAAAAGAAGAGAUCAGUUCAAUGUCCUCAUUAAGGAGCUGUGCACUAUGCUGCAAGGCCACGGCCAUCCACUCAAGAUGGACAAGUCCACAAUCCUACAGAGGACUAUUGACUUUUUACAGAAACAGAAAGAAAUCACAGCACAAACGGAAGCCUGUGAGAUUAGACAAGACUGGAAACCCUCAUUUCUUAGCAAUGAGGAGUUUACUCAGUUGAUGUUAGAGGCAUUAGAUGGGUUUCUCAUUGCACUAACCACUGAUGGCAUUAUUAUUUAUGUAUCUGAUAGCGUCUCUUCUCUUCUUGGACAUUUACCGUCAGAUUUGGUGGACCAAAACAUAUUAAAUUUUCUACCUGAGUGUGAACAGAACAAUGUGUACAAGCUACUUUCACCCCACACGCGCGUGACAAACCCAGUAACCUCCGAUUUUUUAAACACUGAAAAACAAAUCGAGUUUUGCUGCCAUUUAGCCCGAGGAAACCUGGAUCCGAAUGAAGCCAUUACCUAUGAAUACGUCAAAUUUGUAGUGGAUUUCAAACAUUUUUCUCAUGUGCCUCCAUCUUCUUACAACGGCUUUGAGUCUCCCGUUGCACGUGUGUUCCGGUCAGUCAAUGACAACCAGGGCUGUCUGGUAGCAACGGUUCGUCUCAUUACUCCACAGUUCUUGAAGGAACUUUGUAACGUGGAAGAACCCUGCGAAGAAUUCACAUCACGGCAUAGCCUAGAGUGGAAGUUUUUGUUUUUAGACCACAGAGCUCCACCCAUAAUUGGCUAUUUACCUUUCGAGGUUCUUGGGACGUCAGGUUAUGACUACUACCACGCUGAUGACUUAGAGCUUCUUGCUAGGUGCCAUGAACACCUGAUGCAGUUUGGGAAAGGCAAGUCCUGCUACUACAGAUUCUUGACCAAAGGCCAGCAGUGGAUAUGGCUACAGACCCAUUACUACAUCACCUACCAUCAGUGGAACUCCAAACCCGAGUUCAUUGUGUGCAGUCACACGGUUGUUAGCUAUGCUGAGGUUCGAGCUGAAAGGAGAAGGGACCUUGGCCUUGAAGAAUCAUCUAUUGAACUGGUGUCUUCAUCCUUGAAGAGUCAAGGGAGUUACCUCAAUGCCCGUCAAUGCGUGACCACCAACCAAGAAAUCAGUCGUGAAGGGGUAUCUGUGUCUUCUCACAGCUCCCGCCGAUCUUCUCACACAGCGCUCUCCGACUCUGCAUCUACAUCAUCCAUGAGGCACACCGAUGCCAGCACUCCUACCCGGCAAGCCUUAUCACUGGGACAGCCAGACAAGGUCGCCUUACGGCUUGCCUCCAGCAGCAGCACCCAGGGCAUUAUAACUCCCCCCGAACAUCUUGUACAGCAUCACAUGACGCAGCCCGCUGUUCCUGCACAACAAGCAGUCAUGCCAGUGUACCAUUUCCCAACACAAAUGGGGAUGAUGCAUCAGCUGAAGGAACAGCUGGAAGAGCGGACACGCAUAUUGCAAGCUGACAUUAAGACCCAGCAAGAGGAGCUGCACGUAAUCAAGGAGCAGCUACAGCUUGUGCAGGACUCCAAUUUGCAGGUGGAACUUGGUACCAGACCUCUUUCACGCAAAUCCACGCAAAAAUCUACCGGCACCAAAACCGAUACGCACGAUGCCUAUUUCUCCCAAU